GUUUUGUUUCCUGACUGUAACCCGACCUGAGACGCUGGAGAAGGAGCAGACUGGGAUAAAGAAGCUACUACAUGAUGUCAUCAAAUGAAGAAGAUUAUGUGGUCCGGAUCAGAGGACUUCCCUGGAAUUGCACACAGGAAGAGGUGGCCAGUUUCUUCUCCGAUUGUGAAAUCGUGGGAAAUGUCGAUGGUGUGUGUCUGACCUACUCUAAAGAUGGCCGCUCCACUGGCGAGGCCUUUAUUGAGCUAAAAACGUCAGAAGAUUACAAGAACGCUCUUGCCAAGGAUCGUAAAUACAUGGGACACAGAUACGUAGAAGUGUUUAAGUCAAAGCAUAGUGAAAUGGACUGGGUGCUGAAACGUAGCGGUCCUCCUCCUCCUGACAGCUGCAAUGGCUGCGUAGUGAAAUUGAGAGGGCUGCCAUUUGGCUGCAGCAAGGAGGAAAUUCUCCAGUUCUUUUCAGGGUUGAGAAUCGUGCCAAAUGGGAUAACUCUGCCAAUGGACUACCAGGGGAGGAGCACAGGGGAAGCCUUCGUGCAGUUUGCCUCAAAGGAGAUAGCAGAAAAGGCUCUGGGGAAACACAAGGAAAGAAUAGGGCACAGGUACAUAGAAAUCUUUAAGAGCAGUCACUGGGAGAUCAAAUUCCAUCAUGACGUUCCCCGGCGGGGAAUGGGAGGCCAGAGACCAGGGCCCUAUGACAGGCCUGUGAUGUCCGGCCCAAAGAGUGGGCUUUAUGGGCCUGGUCGCAGUGGGACUCUGAUGGACAACAUGAGGAGUGGAGGUGGUUAUGGAGGAGGCUACAGUAGCUUUGACAACUACAAUGGUUUCAGCAACUAUUGUUAUGGCAACGGCAUGUUUGAUGACCGAGUGAGAGAGCGGGGAAUGAGAGGAAUUGGAGGCCACGGUUAUAGUGGACACUCAGAAAGUAGCUCAGGUUUUCACAGUGGUCAUUUUGUGCACAUGAGGGGUUUGCCUUUCCGUGCCACAGAAGGAGACAUUGCUAAAUUCUUUGCUCCUUUGCAUCCACUGAGAAUUCACAUCGACGUGGCACCUAACGGCAGAUCAACUGGGGAGGCCGAUGUGGAGUUUCGCACCCAUGAAGACGCUGUGGCAGCCAUGUCUAAGGACAAGAAUAACAUGCAGCAUCGUUAUAUUGAGCUCUUCCUGAACUCAACUGCUGGUGGAGCAUCUGAAAUGAGUCGUGGCAGCUACUACGAUUCAGGAGCCAGAAGCUCACGAAGCAGCGGGCUACGAGGCAUUUACUGAUGAUGUCACGUCACUUUUCUGAUACAUCCUGGCUUUUAUUUGUAUUUCUUAAGGCCACGUUUAAUCAACAAGCAUUUCCUUAAGGAGGAAAGCUGUGUGACACGUUUUUCGGUGCAGGACUGAUGUACUUCACCUGACAUACAGUUCUURUCAGCUGUACUAUUUUCCACAUCAUAACCAAACCAAAUGAAGAAACAGCUUCUUACCCUUAAAACGUAGAAGCUUUUAUGUUUUCUUAUUAGUGACAAUUGGAUAUGUUAUUAAAACUUUUUUUUUUUUUAAACUAGUUGCAUCUUGUAAUGGAAAUCAAACAUUUCCAGUUUGGUUUUAGUGCUCUUAACAGACUCAGUUUUCAGAACCAAGCCUUCUUCAUAGAUUGAAUUGCCGUGGCGUUUGUUAAAUGUUUAAAGAAAAGUCAGAYGGCGCCACAGCAUCGUCAUGUGGAAUGUGAUCAAACAUGGAUGAGACGUGAAGAAUGACUACAAACCUUUCUUUAUUCAGGCUCUUCUUUCUAAAAAAAAGGCCUGUUUUGUUUAUUCAAGUUGAACUUUUUCUUUGUAAGACCAUCUGGACACGGAAAGAAAAAUUUAUAUCCAGUUUCAGAUCAGUUUUCCUGGUUUGAAUUCUUUCAUAAACGGUGCGGUGUGCUUUUUAUAAAUGUUUUCACAGUUCUUUACAGAAGACUUGAGUUGAAUAUUGUGUUCCACUCUUAAUGAGAGGAAGUGAAACAAAAUCUCUAUAUUUGAGCUGUAACAUAGCCUAUGAAGCUGUUGUACAUUUGCUUAAUAAAUUUUUUAUGUAAAUGUC